GCCUCACCCUACCGCGGGCUUUGUCCAUGUGCAUUGUAGCCGCCCCUCCCCAUUCCCUCCGGCUCCUCCCACUCCCCUGCCCCCAACUUCCCGACUCAGCUGGGAGAGGUCCGGGGAGGAAGGGGUUAACCCCAGGGCUCCUCCAGGCGCGGAGGGAUCCGGAGCCGAAGCCCGAGCGUGGUGCUGAGGCCGCCUAAGCAAAAAAAAUGUCCGCCUAAGGGAGACCCACAAGUUCUAUUCGGGGGCACAGCCAGCCCGCCCGGGGAGGAAGGGGCGGCCAGGCCCAAGAGCCCCCUCACCUGCCCUGAUCUGAGUCUCUGCGAGGAGGAAAGUGGAGAGAGACGCCGGGAGGUGGAAGGGAAAGCCCAAGCCCGCUCUCCCGGCCAAAGUGAACUUCUAUCGGGGUGGUUGAAUGUGCAAAAGGAGCUGCAGGACCUGCUAGAAGUGACCGAAGAUGAAUUCUCAGCAGCAGCGAAUGGCGGCUAUAGGGACAGACAAGGAGCUGAGUGACCUGCUGGACUUCAGUGCGAUGUUUUCCCCACCUGUUAAUAGUGGGAAGACCAGACCAACAACCCUGGGAAGCAGUCAGUUCAGUGGAUCAGGUAUGGAUGAACGAGGAGGUACAACAUCUUGGGGAACAAGUGGUCAACCAAGCCCCUCCUAUGACUCAUCUAGAGGUUUUGCAGACAGCCCUCAUUACAGUGAUCACUUGAAUGACAGUCGAUUAGGGGCCCACGAAGGCUUGUCCCCGACACCUUUCAUGAACUCAAAUCUGAUGGGAAAAACGUCAGAGAGAGGCUCAUUUCCCCUGUACAGCAGAGACACCGGGUUACCAGGCUGUCAAUCCAGUCUCCUACGACAAGAUAUAGGACUUGGGAGCCCAGCACAGUUAUCAUCUUCAGGAAAGCCCGGGACACCAUAUUAUUCCUUUUCUGCCACCAGUUCUCGAAGAAGACCACUGCAUGACUCUUCAGCACUUGAUCCUUUACAGGCAAAGAAGUCAGAAAGGUGCCCCCCCGGUUUGCCUUCUUCCGUAUAUGCACCAUCCCCGAAUUCGGAUGAUUUCAACCGAGAAUCUCCUAGUUACCCAUCACCCAAACCACCAACCAGUAUGUUUGCUAGCACUUUCUUUAUGCAAGAUGGGACCCACAAUUCUUCUGACCUUUGGAGUUCAUCAAAUGGGAUGAGCCAGCCUGGUUAUGGUGGAAUUCUGGGGACCUCCACUUCUCACAUGUCACAAUCCAGUAGUUACGGCAGUCUACAUACACAUGACCGCUUGAGUUAUCCUCCACAUUCAGUCUCACCAACAGAUAUAAAUGCAAGUCUUCCUCCAAUGUCUAGCUUCCAUCGAGGCAGUACCAGCAGUUCACCUUAUGUUGCUGCCUCACACACUCCUCCCAUCAAUGGAUCAGAUAACAUUUUAGGAACCAGGGGGAAUGCUGCUGGAAGCUCACAGACAGGUGACGCACUUGGCAAGGCUUUGGCAUCUAUUUAUUCUCCUGACCAUACCAGCAGUAGUUUCCCCUCAAAUCCAUCAACGCCAGUUGGAUCACCAUCACCUCUUACAGGUGCUAGCCAGUGGUCCAGACCUGGAGGCCAACCCCCCUCAUCUCCAAACUAUGAAAAUUCUCUCCACUCCCUGAAAAAUCGAGUUGAGCAGCAACUUCACGAGCAUUUGCAAGAUGCAAUGUCCUUCUUAAAGGAUGUCUGUGAGCAGUCUCGAAUGGAGGAUCGCUUAGACAGACUGGAUGAUGCUAUCCAUGUGCUACGCAACCAUGCUGUGGGACCUUCUACCAGCCUUCCUGCUGGCCAUGGAGAUAUACAUAGUUUAUUGGGACCAUCCCAUAAUUCAUCACUUGGAAGCCUCAAUUCAAACUAUGGAGGAUCAAGCCUUGUCACAAGCAGUAGAUCAGCAUCAAUGGUUGGAACUCAUCGGGAAGAUUCCGUCAACCUUAAUGGCAAUCAUUCAGUCCUGUCCAGUACCGUCUCUGCUUCAAGCACAGACCUAAAUCAUAAAACACAAGAAAAUUACAGGGGUGGCCUGCAAAACCAAUCUGGGGCUGUUGGUCCAACAGAAAUCAAGUCUGAAAACAAAGAAAAGGAUGAAAAUCUCCAUGAACCUCCCUCAUCUGAUGACAUGAAAUCAGAUGAUGAAUCCUCUCAAAAAGAUAUAAAGGUUUCAUCUCGAGGCAGAACAAGCAGUACUAACGAAGAUGAAGAUUUGAACCCAGAGCAGAAAGUAGAAAGGGAGAAGGAAAGGAGGAUGGCUAACAAUGCCAGGGAACGCUUGCGUGUGCGGGAUAUUAAUGAGGCAUUCAAAGAACUGGGAAGAAUGUGUCAGCUUCACUUAAAGAGUGAAAAACCCCAGACAAAGCUCCUUAUUCUUCACCAGGCCGUGGCAGUCAUCCUCAGUCUAGAACAGCAAGUCCGAGAGAGGAACCUAAACCCCAAAGCAGCCUGCCUUAAGAGAAGGGAAGAAGAAAAAGUUUCUGCCGUAUCGGCAGAGCCACCAACCACACUGCCAGGAACCCAUCCUGGGCUUAGUGAAACUACCAACCCUAUGGGUCAUAUGUAAACACCGGCCAGAGUUCCAGAAUGAUUGGUAGGCUAGAUAGAAGGUGACCUCUCCUCACAAGGACACAGACAACUCAGAUUAUCUGAAGACACAAAUCUGACAGGAGAAAACAAAACAAAAACACUUGAAGCAAGAAAUUCAAAUGCAAUCUUAUGAUCAAAGCAACUGGUCAACACCUGCAUCAGAAGUGAAGAUAGAAAGCUCAUCAGAUAGAACUUCAGCCCAUCAAAUGUUCGGAACAUAUCAUUCUGUCGCAAGCAGUGUGUCGCUUCUGCACAAUCAGAGACUGUCUCGAUCUCUCCACUCGCCGUGGAAGUUGCCUUGUGCCUAAACUGAAUUGACAAAUGCAUUGUAACUACAAAUUUUAUUUAUUGUUAUGGAACUGUAAAGGUCUACAUAUAAAGGGAAAAGUUGAUAUGGAAAGCUGAUCUGCACUCAGCUGAUGCCAGCAUUUAUGAAAGCCGUUCCCAUGCAGAGAACAAAGCAGUGACAACCAUUGACCCUUAGCAUUCCCAGUAUACCUAUUAGUGUCUUAAAAAAGGGAGGGAAAAGGCUUUUAUUGCCCUCUCCAUUCCUUUUGCCAUAUGAAUAGUGUUUUCCGUGCAACAGGAAAAUAUUCUUCAAUAGAGUUUUUUUUUCUUUCUCCCUGUCUUUUUCUCCCCUGUUAUUUUCCUCCCUCUAUGGGCGUUGUGUUUGGUCUCUGGUAAUCUGAACAGUUAUAGUCACAGUCCAAACCCCUCCCUGCCAAGAUCUGAGCAUUUUAUGUUAGAGUGGAGAGCAGAGACCAACUGUGACCCUUGCCUUGCUUAGGUUUUAGAAGGGGUAUUUUAUCCCUGAUGCUUUCCUUAGAUGAAUUGCUUUAUUUCUAAUGAUAAAACCUUUCAGGCUUCUAGGUUUCAUAGUAAAGCUUGUAAUAAGGUGAAGUGUAAAUUCCGGGGAAAGAAUCUACUUUGUUAGAAUUUGCUUUGUUUUCCAAGCAGUAAGUACUACAUAUAUAGUACAUGUAAAGUGUUAGCUGUAAGUAAGCACAAAAUGCAUUUAAAUACAAAGGAGAUUUUCAGGCUGUGAUUAUGAUGAACUCAAGGAAACCCAGGAGUCACCGUGGCAGGUAGCAUGAUGAAGAAACAUACCAUUCUGAGCUAAUUACCUAAUGGAAUACAAGAGCAGUGGUCACCGAUGUUUGUUUCCAUAUCAUAGCCUUUACUUUCUCUGUCAUUUGGAUGGCUGGUUAGUCGGGAGGAGUUCAGUGGGUGACUCAAUCAACUGCAGACCAACUGCCCCUAUCCCAAGGAGAAGAGCCAGAUUAGCAUUAAACUAUUACAUGUUAGUCCAUCUUAAUAGCGUGCAUUAAGGUGCCCCCCACCCCAUCACUGAUCUAUGGAGAUUUUUUUCCCCCCAAUAAUGAUCCCUUUGAACUUCCACAAAACCUGUCUUCCACUGCAACAAUCCUGGGAGAAAAAAAACACAAUGCUAAACAAGGUUGUCUUGGAAAAUAAUGUUUUAUUGCCAAUACCAACAGUGGCAAUCAGCUCACAGAAGAAAUGAACUAAAAUCACUUUGCAAUUCAGAGAUUUCAGUUCAUUUGAAAGAACAAAAAUAAUUGUUUAAAAAAACAGGCAGAGAACUUUAGAUCCUCUAUUUAGGAUGGUUCCUAACAAAUCAGUCAUUUGUGGACUUAGUGAACUCUUUUGGUUACUUUAAUUUGCAAAUACUGUCAAAUACCACCUGACUCUCUAUCUGUGGCCUUGUUCUUCAUUUCAGUGUUAAUCAGCUAAACAGAAGUUGUUGCUUAUGAUGUGUGAGUGACCACAUGCCACUGCCUGGCCUUUUUUCUUCGAAGCUUGUUGUCUUUUUGGCUAUAUUAGACUUUGCAGUAUGCCCAGAAGCUUUCCUUCAUAAAAUAGAAAGAAAAAAACAUUUGCUUAUUUUUCACUGUAGCUAGUCUUUUAUACAAUAAUCUUGUAAGAAAAUUUCUUGAAUUCUAAAUAUUACUCUUUCUAGAUUUUUGAAAUCGAAAAAGUUUUCAGUAAAAAGUUUCUUACUUUAUUUUACUAUAUUAGGUAGUAAAAAAUGUAGGGUUAUUUACCAUAACCUGUUCAUUAAUAUCAGAAAUUUACAAUAGCAUUUUAAGACCAUAGUAGGGUUCUAGCAUACCGUGUAGUACCUAUGGAGUAUUGUAAGAGCUAAUUGUCCGAGAUGAAUUGCUUCUCAUCUUGUUCUCCAGUUUCCAUUGUUGGUUUAUUGCAGAUUUGUACCCUGUGUCAAAUUUCAAGGUAUUAUUGAUAAACCUUUUCAACCAGCAGCAAGAAGUUCAAAAACUUUUCUGUCACUGUAACAGAAAACACAAUAUGUAUAUAACAUUUAUGUAGCAAUAAAUGUGCCAUCUUUUUUUUAACAUGGUAAAUCAGUGAGUUUUUUACAUUCCUCUUUCAUAAUGAAAUGAUGCUUUUAAUCUUCCUGCUCCUCUCCCUGAAUGUCUUGAAGCUGUUCUACUAUAAUAAUAGUGGUAAUGAUGAUGAUAGCAGACAUUUAUGUUGCACUUUAAAUUUUUCAGAAUGCUUUUCAUAUCUUAUCUCAUUGGAUUUCCUUACUGGAAUUGGGGGCCAACUUUGGUAGCACACUAGUAUAUUACCAAAGUGUUGAAUACAAUUAUUUUGCAUGCACAUUCUCCAUUAUUUAGGGGUUAAUUCCAUAGUUUUGGGAUUUUCUAAUCCAUUUGUUUUGCCUCUUCCUCUGCCUUCUUGUCAUCAGAAAGUUGUUGGGGAAGACAGAGGAAAAAAAGGAAUGAUUUGAUGUAAUUGGUGCUUUGUAGGAGGGGGUAGGAGACAAGGAAGAACAGAAGACAGACUCAAGAUGUGGGAUUUGUUUUUCCCUCCCCAGGCAUUUCAGACUGUGACUGUCAGUUUCUACAUAUAGCUUUCUUUCUCUUUUCAUGACCUCUUGAAUUUAGAGACCAAAAACUGAUGGGUUCUGGAAGCAGUUUGAUGCAAAAGGGUAAAAAAGAAUUGUGAAAUGGUAAAACUAGAAGAAACAUUAGAGUUUGUCUAGUCCAGCCUUCCCCAUUUUACAAAUGAGGAAACUGAGUCCCAAAGAGGUUCUUUUUCAGAGGUCCACAACUAAUUAGUGACAGAGAUGCGAAACUUCAGGGUUUUUUCCCUUUCUACUGUGAGGCUUUAUGCCUGUUGUCUUCAAACAGAUUUCUGUUCCUUACCUUUAUAACCAGGCUGUGAACUGGUCCUUCUUCAGCAGCUAUUGACUGGGGAAGAUUGGCAUAAAAGGUAAGUGGCAGCACAAUAAAUUCCUAAAAGGAUCUCAGUGCAUUGUCAGCCUUAGCACAAGGUCUAUUCUCAUUUUAAAAAUCUACAUUUGUAGAGGAAGAACUGGACCUAUAAAAAUCUUGAAUUUCGGUUCCUACUCUCCUUUUCAGUAUCCCUUAUCUUUCUUUUAAGUGCUCUCCUCUUAGGCCAUUUGUGUUGUAAUAAGGAACUCUAGAAUAUUUAAAAAAAAAAAAAAAAAGGAAUGAAUCCCUAAUGGUAGAAUUUAGGCCCUGUGAUGAGGGAAGGGAGAGGACAUUAGAUAUAGUGGCCACCUACUCUUAAGAAUUCCACUGGAAAAACAGAACAUUGGAGACAGUGUAUGAAGAAAAAGAAUUUCUCAUCUUCCAAGUCUGGUGUUUCCUGUGAUCCUAGAGGAAAAAAGUUAACUGAUAGCCUGUUGUUCUCACUUUCUUUUUUUAUCUUUCUAUUGACACACUAAACAGUUAAGAAAAUCUGGAUACAUUUCACCUAAGAACGAUGUCCUGGAGAGAAGCAGCAUAUGUCUCCAUGAUCUCUUUGAUUGAGUGUGUGGUUUGGGCACAUGACCCCACACAUGCCUUAUGUCUGAUGCUAUGGCUUUGUCCAAAGAAAGAUAAAAACUGACUGCUGGUGAUGGUACAGUUGCUGGAUUUCUAUCAGCAUCCAUAGGAUUACAAUGACUUUUUACCCUUCUGGAUCUUGUGGAAUCAUGACCUAAUCAAAAAAAAAUAGGGGUUAGAGCUAUAAUUUCAUCGGACUAGGUAACUCCCCAAACCAAUGCAAUUUAGAGGGCCUAGGGCCCCAAGAGAGAAAAUAACUUGCCCACAGUCGCACAGCUAGUUUGUAUCAAAGGCAAGACGAACCCAGGUCUUCCUGACUAGAAGGCCAGCUCUAUCCACUAUAACAGCCAUCACUUGCUAUUUAUUUCUAGUACAACAAAGUGCUUACCCCGAGGGACAUGUUAUAAUUUCCUGGUUUUGCUCUCAAAUGUAGAAUGGUAGACCUGCCUGCCCUGGAAUUGAGGUAAGUACUUGAAGAAAAGGGAAAUGGUCGUCCUGCCUCUCUAGUCUUUGCUCCAACCUGACUUUGGUCUCUCUUCAUUAAACAGUCUUCAUGGGACUUUCCAUCAACCCUUUAGUUCAGGCUCCAGUCACUCCCUAAGAAGAGAUACUGUUAGCUACUUCUAGAACCCCUUGAAUAGAAAUUCAAGCUUCAAGCUUUUUCAUUCAGAAACUUUAAAGGUUUCUAAUACAUAGGCUCUCUCAGCUCUUCUCCCUCCUCCUAACUUUUUUCCUUGAAAAGAAAAAGUGAUUACCCAUCAGGAAGAAAAGGGUAUACUUUGAACCUUGACCUCCUCCCCACCAUACGCACGCUAUUCCCCAAGAUUAGCAGAUCUUUCUGGGCCACAGUUUUUUUGCUUGAAGCUCAAAAAGGAGAACUAUCAAGAUCUCACCAGGUCAGUUCUUUGCAUCCUCCAUGCUUCCUGAACAUCCCGCAAAGACAUUACCUGCUAUUCUUUCCUAAAUACUUUCCUUGCAAGGCCAGGUUCCCUUCUACUAGGGAGGAUCUGGAACAAGAUGGCUUCGUUUCAGGAAUAUGUCCACAAAAGUUAAGUCGUCCAUGAGAGAAAGGCUAUUGUCCUGACUAAGCAAUGCUGAUGUCUGUGUGUGUGUGUGUGUGUGUGUGUGUGUGUGUAUGUAUGUAUACACACGCACACACACACACACACACAAAUUUGGAGUUGGCAGAAAACUUUGAGCUACCCCCUACUCUCCUACAUACACACAUAUUGAACAGAGAAGCUGGGGUCCAAAAAGAUGACCUGACAGACCAAAUGUUACAUAGGCAGUGAGUGUCAGGGCCAGGAAUUCUGACUACAAAAUCAAUACUCUUCCCGUGGCCCUAUGCUACGUCAAAGAUUAAGAGAUCACUGACCACCCCUCUUCCUAGACUCCUCCCUGUGUUUUUUGUGAUAUAGCUGGCUCUUCCUACCUGUCUAGCCACUUCUCAGGGUCCAUUUCAUUGUCCUUGUCCCACACUCUAGGAAUAGGUGUGUCCCAAAGCUAGACCUUCUUCCCUACGCUUUCUUUUCUGGUCUUAACAGGGUUCAAUUGUUAUCUUGACGACUCCCAGAUCCUGAAUUCCAGCCCUCUAACAACCAACUGCCUAUUGGACAUUCUCUUCAACUGGAUGUCUUUUAGGCAACUCUAACUCAAUGGGACCAAACAGAACUCAUUAUCAUCCUUCAAAUAUCUAAUUCUUCCUAAAUUUCCUGUCGUUGAGAGCAUGACCAAUCUUCCCAGGUCAACCAGAUUUCAAAGCUCAGCGUCAUCCUUGACUCCUUACUCUCCCCUUAUAAGUUGCCCAGUCUUGUUUCUACCUCCUUUCUUGUUUUUGCCUCCUCUCCAGAGGAGAGAUCAGACAGUCACCAGGCUAGUUCAGGCCCUUAUUACCUUUAUCCUGGACUAUUGCAAUAGCCUCCUUAUUGAACGCCCCAUUUCCAUCCUCCCCCCUCUUCAAUUCAUCAUCCACACAGCCACCAAAAAUUCAUAUUUCAAAAGCACAGGUCAUUCUGGCCAUGUCACUCCCACUCUCAAGAAGCUGCAUUGGCUCCCUCCUCCGUCUGGGAUAAAACAUACUCCUCUAUUUGACACUUAAAAUCCUUCUGACCCCAGCCUACCUUUCCGAGAUUAUUGCACGUUACUCUCUCAUGCACUUUACAUUCCAAACAAACUGGCCUAUUUACACACACACCAACAUUCCAUUUCCUAUCCCUGUGCCUUUGCAUAGCCUGUAAUCCAUGCCUGGAAUGCACUUUCCCCCCCAAUCCCUCCACCUCAUAGAAUCCUUAUUUUCCUUUAGGACUCAAUUCAGGUGCCGCCUCCUAUAGGAAGCCUGACCUCAUUUCCUAUCCCACCUACCCCAGUUGCCAAUGCCCUUCCCUCCCCUCCCCCAACCACAUGAAAUUACUUUGUAUCAACCUUGUAAAUAUUUGGUAUUUGCUUUGCUGUGUGUGUUGUUCUCCCCUAUUAGAAUGUAAGCUCCUCUAGGGCAGGGAAUGUUUCAUUAUUGUCUUUGUAUCUCUAAGCCCAGUGCCUGGCACAUCGUAGUAGGUGCUCAAUAAACGCUUGUUGAAUGAA